GUGUGAAAAAAAAAAAAAAAAAAAAAAAAAAAAAUUACGUGAAUAUCUAGAUGAAGUCGGGGGCUUGUGGUUUCUCUCCUAUGAUGCUUGAGUUUAAGAACAGCUUUACCACAAUGCUGGUGGUGACAACAGAGGGUGAAAAUGAACGGUAGCAGGUUGAUUUUCUUUUUAGCCUUGUGCUUUAUAUGUGUGUCUUCAAAUGAUCAGACUGCGCAGGAUCAGUAUUCAAAAGUUUGUGAGAUGCACAAUCUCAGUGCUCAACUUGGUUCCUCUGUACUCCUCCCUUGCAACUUGAGAACAAGUAAUACCACUCGGGUGUCAUGGGCCCAAACUUCUGGGGGGGACCUUGUCCUCCUCAGAUCUGAUGGCCGUAUUCAGUUCACAGACCCCAGAUAUGGGCGAGUGAAAGCAUUUCCAAACCAAGGCUCAGAGGGGAAUUUCUCCAUCCGCAUUGAUGAACUUCAAAACUCAGACCUGGGGUUUUAUUUCUGCACGUGGGAAGACGAAUGCAUUCAAGUGGAUUUGUUUGCUGAAGAAGGUACACCGAGCAGGCACAUGAGACUUAUGAUUUACGUGUGUGUCAGUGUGGCGGUGAUCAUGCUGAUGUGUGUUGGCGGUUACUUCUGCAUGAAAUGCACACGUAUCUGUAAUAAAACACCCAAGGACAAUGCUGCAGGUGCUGAGGAAGCAUACGAUAAUGACGUUGUUUAUGAAAAUGAUGACCAAAACCCAGCCAACCAACAAGGUGACCAGAACAGAAAUCAGUGCACUCCACCAGCAGUUCUGUCUGAUCCUGAUACGACUCAGCCCAGCCAAAGCACAAGUGGGGGUUAUCAGAACUCAAGCCAGUUUAAAUUUGUGAGGAUGGAACGUCAGAGCACCAAACGGAGAUUUCACACAGAACUCUUCAACAGAAUCCGACAAGCAAGCAGUCGCCAUUAUUAUGUUAAUCGUGGUGAACUCAGCAACCAACGCGCAACUCAGACAGCACACUUUAACAGAGGUUUGGGGAAGAGGAGAGCCCAACAAGAUUCUGAAUACAACAACCCAAUUUACAACAGGAGCACAGAGCGGCUGGACCAAAUGUAGAAAACAGAGGGCUCUGCUAAAACAGCUUUAUGUUUAGUUUCACAAUACUGAUUGUGAAUUUGACUUAAACAGCUUAAAUUUGAUGCUUUUAGUCUAGCAUUGUUUGUUGCAUUAUUUCAUUUUUUCCUAUGUAUUUCUAUCAAAUGUAUUAGAUCAUGUGUGAUUGUAUUUUGCUAAAUUGAAUAAAAAUCUAAAAUUCAAACACAA